AUGGCUCGCAUUCAGAUCCCUAUCGACGCUCUCACGUCUCGCCUGAACCUCCAGGACCGCUUUAACACGAUGCGCUCCGGUGGUCUCACUGCUAGAUUCGCCAACUUGCGUCCUAUCUCCGAGUUCUUCGACAUGAAGCGAAUCUCCAAGCCUGCCAACUUCGGCGAAGUCCAAUCACGAUGGAACUACAACCUGUCCUACUUCUCGAGCAACUACAGUGUUAUCUUUGUAAUGCUCAGCAUAUACGCUUUGCUUACUAACUGGGUGUUGCUGUUCGACAUCAUCUUUGUCGUUGCUGGCAUGUUCCUUAUCGGCAAGCUCGAGGGUCGUGACCUUGAGAUUGGUAGCUUCCGUGCUACCACUUCGCAGCUUUGGACUGGUCUUCUUGUUAUUUCUGUGCCUGUUGGCCUGUACGCGUCGCCUUUCUCGACGUUGCUCUGGCUCGUGGGUGCUUCUGGCGUGGUCAUCCUUGGCCACGCUGCUUUUAUGGACAAGCCUAUCGAUGAGGCUUUUUCCGGGGAGGCGGGAGCUGCGCAAAGGGGGUAUUGGGAGGAUGGACAGAGAGUCGAGGAGCUAGAAACAGACGAGGAAGAUUCAGAUAUACAAGGCGUUGGUUUGAUUUCCAGAGGGAAGCGGUUCGCCAGCGACCCCUUACGUUUUACGGGUACAGACUUGGGUGACAGAGCGGGCACAUUACGGAGAGGGUAUGAUUAUCAAUCGGACGAGGAAGACGACAGCAGCGAGGCCGAUAGCGACGAGGACAGCGAGGGUUCGUCUUCAGAAGAGGAGCUUGAUAUUGACUGGGAUCAACUAUCGCCGAUGGAGAGGGAAGAAGCAUUGGUACAAACAGCACUGGCUCGCAUCCGCCGUGCUCAGGAAAAGGGUAGGUCGGAUGUCAGGCUCAACCAGGAAGAGAUGGCGGCGUUUGAGCGAUACAAAAAACGCAAGGAGAAGGAAGCUCGCAGACAAGAGCGCAAACGGCGCAAGGAAAAGGAUCACCGAUUCUCGAUCCCUCUGGCGCAAUUCGAAGCCCCAUCUCGAAGAUGGUCUCCGACAAUCUCUGCCGAUGAUGACCUGCCGCGUCAUCCAUCCCCAGGCACUUUUGCCGAAGUCCAAAAUCGGGAUCCAAUGCCCCCCAUGGGCUAUUUUCCACCUCCAAACGCCACCCGCACCCGUCAGCGCUCAUCAACAUCUGCGUCUCAGCGACCUCCCUCCCGAGCUUUUGGUGACAGAGGCUCUUCACCGUUUCAGUACGCCUAUAUCGGUGCCCGUCAGAGCUCAGAUUCACGGCCCAUUUCAUCACGGGGCCAUCCAACUUCCGAGGACGGCCGGGGCCAACCCAACAUGUCGCCGGCCUCAUCAACAUCUUCCAUGUCAAGAACAAGAGCCGGACUGGAUCCUUUCCAAUUCCAGACUGAAGGCCCUCGCGCUCAGGCUAGUGCAGCUCGACGAAAUGUGUCGGGCUCAACAGAUGGAAAACGUACUCCUGCUGUUCCUCCAACAGCGAGGAUGACCAGAUCAAAGGCACCCCCACCUCCACAAUCCUCCAGCGAGGACAGCGGCGAAGAGAGCACGGAGGAGAGCACCAGCGAUGGCAUUGGAAACGGAGCGCAAAUCGCCCAGCCACCGCCGCCACCGCAGCCACAGCCACAACCGGCACAGACAAGACGCGGCAGGAAAGAAGCCAUCGUCGUCGAGGAGGCGGCGUCUCGCGAGCCGACGCGCGAAACGUCGAGGGGCAAGAAAUCAUCAAACUCGUCGCCGUCCAAGAAAAAGCCAGCUGCGAGCAGGAAGAAGAAGAAGUGA